CAAUUCACAAGCUGGCGCAAUCCAGGAUGUGGAGGUCCCACCCCUAUAGUUAUUGUUAUCCAUCCUCCAUCGACAACCAUGAUCCGUUCCUUUCUCUAUAAGCAAGGCUAAUUUUACCCAAUAAACGAAUCUCAAUUUCCUCUCAUUUCUCUACAAUUCGAUUCUCAUCAGAUGUCGAAGCAGACUUACAAAGUGUGCUUCUGCUUCCGGCGCCGGUUCCGCAUGGCUGCGGCCGAGGCGCCGGCAGGAAUCAAGGCCCUAUUUGAGCAGUACUCGGAUAAUGGCGUAAUGGGCGUCGAUCACCUGCAUCGCUUCCUCGUCGAGGUCCAGAAAGAGGAGAAUGCCACGGUUGCUGAUGCCCAGGAUAUCAUGAACGAGUCGAAGCACCUAAACAUAUUUCAUCGCCAGGGACUCAAUCUUGAGGGAUUUUUUAACUAUUUGUUUGGGGAAGUUAAUCCUCCGCUUAAUCCCAAACUCGGGGUUCACCAUGACAUGAAUGCUCCAUUGUCUCAUUACUUCAUAUAUACUGGCCACAAUUCUUAUCUAACUGGGAAUCAACUAAGUAGUGACUGUAGCGAUGCCCCUAUCAUAAAUGCAUUGCAUAGAGGUGUACGAGUUAUUGAGUUAGAUAUAUGGCCAAAUUCAACCAAAGAUGAUAUUCAUGUUCUUCAUGGGAGGACGCUCACCACUCCUGUUGAGCUCAUCAAAUGUUUAAGGUCCAUUAAGGAAAAUGCUUUUACUGCAUCUGAAUAUCCUGUUGUGAUAACACUUGAAGAUCAUCUUACUCCAGAUCUUCAGGCUAAAGUGGCUGAGAUGAUAAAGGAAAUAUUUGGAGACAUGCUGUUUUCCCCUGGUGCGGAAUGCUUGAGAGAAUUUCCCUCCCCUGAGUCACUGAAAAAAAAGGUUAUGAUAUCAACCAAACCACCUAAAGAAUACUUACAGGCCAAAGAAGUUAAGGCAAAAGAAAGUGCCUCAAAGCCGGGAAAGGAUUCAUCUGAGGAAGAAGCUUGGGGAGGAGAAUUCUCGUUUAAAGCCAAGAUUGAUGAUGAUAAGGAUGAUGGCUUAGAUGAAGGCGAUGAAGAUGAUGGAGUUGAUGAAGAGGAUCCUAAGUCACAGCAGAUUGCAGAACCACCAGAAUAUAAGCGCUUGAUUGCUAUUCAUGCUGGAAAGGGGAAGGGUGGAAUGCAGGAUUGGCUUAAGGUUGAUCCUGAGAAAGUAAGACGUCUCAGCUUAAGUGAGCAAGAGCUUGAAAAGGCCAUAUUAACUUAUGGAAGAGAUAUUAUCAGGUUUACGCGGCGCAACAUAUUGAGAGUAUACCCUAAAGGCAUACGUUUUGACUCAUCCAACUACAAUCCCCUAAUUGCGUGGAUGCAUGGAGCUCAGAUGGUUGCAUUUAACAUGCAGGGUUAUGGAAGAUCACUUUGGUCGAUGCAUGGAAUGUUCAGGGCCAAUGGUGGUUGUGGAUAUGUUAAAAAGCCGGACUUUCUGUUGAUGGAUGGUCCACAUAACGAGGUCUUCGAUCCUCAAGCUAAAUUACCUGUCAAAACUAUUUUGAAGGUGACUGUAUUCAUGGGUAAAGGAUGGUACUAUGAUUUCCAUCAUACACACUUUGAUCAUUAUUCUCCUCCAGAUUUCUAUGCAAGGGUCGGAAUUGCUGGAGUGCCUGGUGAUACUGUGAUGAAGAAAACAAAGACACUCGAGGACAGCUGGAUACCAAAUUGGGAUGAAGUUUUUGAAUACCCAUUAACAGUUCCAGAACUAGCCCUACUUCGUAUUGAAGUUCACGAAUAUGAUAUGUCUGAGAAGGACGACUUUGCUGGUCAAACGUGCCUGCCGGUGUCUGAAUUGAGACAAGGUAUCCGAGCAGUUCCAAUUCACAAUCGCAAGGGGGAUAAGUAUAAGUCCGUGAAGCUUCUUAUGCAAUUUGAAUUUGUUAGAUAAAAUAGUGUGGCUUAUCUUGGUUAUUCUGUCCUAUAAUACUAAUAUAUGUGAAUGGUUAUAUUUGUCUGUGAAGUUAUUUGUGGACAUUUUUUGUACUUGUGCAUAUCUGGAGUACAAAACUCCCACGUGGUGUUGUGUGUUUUAAGUCUCUCCCUGACUUCGAUAUAUGCCUGUCUGUAUGAUAUUGUAUUUGUAUGUAUAUUGUCAGAUGAAAAUAAAGGGAAUCAUUCAUUAGAAUCCAAAAAA